AUGAUGAAGAAAACAUUUGAAUAUGAUAAUAAACUUCCAUCAUUACCAUUGCCAACAUUAGAACAUACACUUGAACGUUAUCUUGAUUCGGUACGCGCUGUUGCGAAUGAUAAUGAAUAUGAUCAAACUAAACAAAUUGUUCAACAGUUUGCUAGAGGAAAUGGACGAGAAUUACAUGAACAAUUAAAGACUAACAUUGAAAAACAACAAGAAAGAAAUUGGCUAGCACGAUGGUGGGAUGAAGAAAUAUAUUUAAAAUGUCGAUUACCAAUUGCACCAGUUAUUAAUAUGAUGGGUUUUAAUUGUUUACAAUCACCCGAAAUCGAUUCACAACUUGAACGAACAUCUAAACUUAUGCAUGCAUGUGGUCUUAUUUUUGAAACAAUUCGCGAAGAACGUUAUCCAAUAUCAUAUGUGGGUAAACAGCCAUUGACUAUGUAUCAAUUAAAACAUUUUUUUAAUACAUGUCGAAUUCCACAUAAAGAAUGUGAUGAAUUAGUUAGUUGUUUUCGAACUGUUUCCGAAGAUGAAAAAUCUCCACCAACUCAUGUUAUAGUUAUUCGUAAUGGUCAUAUAUAUACAUUUGAUUUAUAUGAAUCAAAAAGACUUUUAACACCACCUGAAAUUCUUGAAAGAUUAAAAGAUAUUAGUCAGCGAAGUGAUCAAACUAUUGGACUUGGAUUAGGUGCAUUAACUGCAUUGCCACGGGAUGAAUGGGCAGAAAUACGUGAUCAUUUAUGUCAAAUUGAUGAACAAAAUAAAAGAAAUCUUCAAAGUAUUGAACAAGCAUUACUCGUCUUUGCACUUGAUAAUGAUAAUCCAGAAAAUUUUACAGAGCUUGCACAUAUUGGCAUGUUAAAAAAUCCUCGUUCACGUUGGUUUGAUCGAUCAAUUGUUUAUAUAAUCACACGAAAUGGUCUUGUUGUAACUAACAGUGAUCAUUCUGCUUUCGAAGGUAGCAUUCCAUUACAAAUUGGUGAUCAUGUGCAAUAUCUUAUUGAUUCAUUUGAGAAAACAAAUUCAUGGUCAAAAUCAGCUUAUUCUUAUGAUAAAAAAACUGUCCAAGAACUUCGAUUUAUUUCCGAUACAUACAUAUUGAAUUCUAUAAAUCGUGCAACUACUUUAUUUUCUCAAUUAGCUGAUGAUAUUGAAGUUUUAGUAAUUAAUGUAGAACAAUGUACAAAAGAAGAUAUUAAACAAUAUGUUCGUAUUCAUCCCGAUACAUUCUUUCAAUUAUGUCUUCAAUUAGCUUAUUUUAAAUUACAUAAUUAUAAACCUGCACCAACAUAUGAAACAGCUGCAACACGACGUUUCUAUCGUGGUAGAACUGAAACAUCACGAACUUGUUCACGAGAAGUAAUUGCAUGGUGUCGUUCAAUGACUAUUGAAAAAGAUCAAUUUACAGAAAAAGAUAGAAGAAAAUUAUUUUUACAUGCUGCUAAUCGUCAUCAAGAAUUGAUGUUUGAAGCAUCGGAAAAUCAAGGUUGUGAUCGUCAUUUAUUUGGAUUAAGUAUGAUAGCAAGUUUAACAGGAAAGCAAUUUGAACUUACAAAUGAUCCAUCGUGGAUUAAAAGUGGUGGAAAUGGUAAUUUUAUUUUAUCGACAAGUUGUACUGGUUUUACUAUAUCAGUCGGUGGAACAUCGCCAAUGUGUUUAAAUGGUUAUGGAGUUUUUUAUCGGAUCAGUAGUGAUGCAACAACAUUCUGUGUCAGUGCUUAUCGAAGUUGUGCUGAUACAAAUCCGCAAGCAUUAGCAGAUUUAAUUAAACUUACUUUAAUUGAAAUGAAAACAUCAUUUAUGACAUCGAAUUUAUAA